UAUAUAAUUUUUUUUUCCACAGGGCAAAGUGUGACUACGCCGAUGGUCCAUGGGGAUCCAAAUGUUAUGAACCCUUUCUUCUUUUCCCCUGGCUUUGUGGAAUUAGUGUGGAAGGAAUAACAAAACAGGCAAAAGCUAUUGGUAGUGGCUUCUGAACUGUAGAUAAUCUAGGCGGCGCUGCCGUGAGCAGCUCAGUCGGUUUCUUGACUGAUGACGUCAUCACCCAGCAUUUCUGCAGAUACAGAUCAUAAGGUGUUAAUAAUGGGAGACAAGCUUGUACUCAGAGGUUUAAAGUUCCACGGGUAUCACGGGGUGAAGCAAGAAGAAAGGAAGCUUGGCCAGAAGUUCUUGAUAGAUGUGGAUGCCUGGACUGAUCUGCGAGCAGCUGGUACUUCUGAUCACCUCUCAGAUACUAUAAGUUAUACUGCCAUAUAUGCCAUUGUCAAAGAAGUUGUAGAAGGACCACCAAAAAAUCUCUUGGAAUCUGUGGCUCAACUCAUUGCAUCUACAACCCUGUCCAAGUAUCCUCAGAUUUCUGCAGUUCGUGUGCAGGUCGGAAAGCCACAUGUUGCUGUUCAUGGUCCGGUAGACUACUUGGGUGUUGAGAUCAUACGGUACAGAAGUUCUGAUUUAUAGAGUAUUGUCACCUGACCUCAUUUCUUGUAUCAAUAUAGGGAGUUAUAGCUACUCUUGGCAAAUACGUUUUCGAUUUAAUAGCUGUUCAUUUCACCUAUUAUUCAUGCUAGGCGAUUUGGCGUAGGGAUUUUGUUAGCCGUUUCCAUGGGCUUUAAUUUGGCUGCGUCUCUCGCCUGAAUCUACUAAAGGUGUUAUAAUGUUUGCGGUGAUCAGAGUAAAUGUUUAGUUGCCAAGAAAUUUAUUCAUGGAAUAUUGGUUGAUUACUA